GGAGUCUUGGAUGUUUUCUUUAUAUAAUAAAAAGCUGACCACAAACAGACCGCUGAGCCAGUAACAGUAAGUACUUGCUUCUCCGAACUCGAAAAUUUUUUUUCUUCUAAGUCGGCCGAACCUGUGUGAUCCUCCUCUUUCGCUUUGCGCUUGCUAUUGAAAGAAUAAUAUGAACAACGACAAGCUCGCUAAGCUCCAGUCUCAAGUCCGUAUCGGUGGCAAGGGUACUCCCCGUCGUAAGGUCAAGAAAGCCACCAAGGCAACUGGUGGUGAUGACAGAAAGCUCCAAGGUGCUUUGCAAAAGUUGGGUGUCCAACCCCUUGGUGGCAUUGAAGAAGUCAACAUGUUCAAGGAAGACGGCAAGGUCAUUCACUUUGGUGCCCCCCGUGUCCAAGCUGCUGUCAACUCCAACACCUUCGCCAUCCACGGUCGCUCCGUUGAGAAGGAAUUGACUGAAUUGGUUCCCGGUAUCUUGAGCCAAUUGGGCCCUGACUCCUUGGCCAGCUUGCGCAAGCUUGCUGAGGCAUACCAAUCCGCCCAGGGUGGUGCUGCCGGCGGUGACGAUGAUGAUGAGAUCCCCGACUUGGUCGAGAGCUUCGACAAGGCCGAGGUUGAGGACAAGAAGGAAGAAAAGGCCGAGGAAAAGGCUGAAGGCGAAGUCAAGGCCUAAAAGCUAGGCUUGUGAUCUUGUAAUAAUCCAUGUUUUUCUUUUUUCUCCAAAAAACAUAAUACAUUUUUCAUUUUCUAUGACAGAGAAAAAAAAGCAUUUCAUUGAUUGCUAUUAUGCUCAUUGUGUCUGUGACUCUGUCAGUGCAAAACGGA